AUGGCGCGGAAGGAGAAAAAAGAGAAGAAGUCCAAACACCGUGACAGAUCUCGAAGCAGAAAGGCUCAGACUGAUGAAAGCGAGCAGUCGGAAGAGGACGAUUCCCCAAAACUGAAGAAAGCGAGGAGUCGAGUUAAACAAAACGGUCAUGCGAGAGAAGAAAGCCCGGAGAACGCGGGAUUAUCUUCCUUAAACAGUAAAUCCACCCACAAAAAACAGCACAGUAAUUCUAGUGAAACAUCUAGUGGCGAAGGUGACAGCGAGCAGGAGCAGGAGAUGACGGAAGAACAGAAAGAGGGUGCUUUCUCCAAUUUUUCUAUUUCGGAAGGAACCGUUCAGCUUCUUCAAGCUCGAGGAGUGACGUACCUGUUUCCUGUGCAAGUGAAGACCUUCAACCCAGUAUAUUCUGGCAAAGAUGUAAUUGCUCAAGCACGAACUGGAACAGGGAAAACGUUCUCUUUUGCUAUUCCCUUAAUUGAAAAGCUUCAGGGAGACUCACAGGAAAGAAGAAGAGGCCGUUCACCAAAGGUACUAGUUCUUUGUCCAACAAGAGAGCUGGCAAACCAGGUUGCCAAAGAUUUCAAGGACAUCACAAGAAAGCUAACAGUAGCUUGUUUCUAUGGAGGAACUCCAUAUAAUGGACAAAUUGAUCUCAUGAGAAGUGGCAUUGACAUUUUGGUUGGGACACCUGGUCGAAUCAAAGACCAUCUUCAGAGUGGCAAGCUGGACCUUACCAAGGUGAAACAUGUUGUACUUGAUGAAGUUGACCAGAUGCUGGACAUGGGAUUUGCUGAGCAAGUGGAAGACAUUUUACGAGUUGCAUACAAGAAGGAUUCUGAAGACAAUCCCCAGACGCUACUGUUUUCUGCAACUUGCCCACACUGGGUCUAUGAUGUGGCUAAGAAAUACAUGAAGUCUAGAUAUGAACAGAUUGACCUGAUUGGGAAAAGAACUCAAAAGGCUGCUACAACAGUAGAACAUUUGGCAAUAGAGUGUCACUGGUCUCAGAGAGCUGCCGUUAUUGGGGAUGUCAUUCAGGUCUACAGUGGCAGCCACGGCAGGACCAUCGUCUUUUGUGAGACCAAAAAGGAGGCAAACGAACUGGCUCUGAAUGCUUCAAUCAAACAGGAUUGCCAGUCGUUGCAUGGUGACAUUCCUCAGAAGCAAAGAGAGAUCACACUGAAAGGUUUUAGGAAUGGUACAUUUAAAGUUCUGGUUGCCACCAACGUAGCUGCCCGUGGUUUAGAUAUCCCUGAAGUUGACCUGGUUGUACAAAGUUCACCACCAAAGGAUGUGGAGUCCUAUAUCCAUCGUUCUGGACGCACAGGUCGAGCUGGACGGACUGGGAUCUGUAUCUGUUUUUAUCAGCGAAAGGAAGAACAUCAGUUAAGAUAUGUGGAACAAAAAGCGGGCAUUACAUUCAAGCGUGUUGGAGUUCCUACUGCAACAGAUAUAAUAAAGGCUUCCAGCAAAGAUGCUAUCAGGUGCGUUUGGUGACUCAAGUCCUGUUGUAUAUUCCCAGUUCAGAAGGGCUGUUUGGAUUCCCUGUUGCCGUUUCUCGUGUCUGAUAAAUGUGCUGAAGCUUAUUCCUCUGACAGAAUGGAGCAUGCCCCACUUUUUACUCUUUAGGGUUUCGUUACAAUGAUACUACGCUGCUCUGAAGAAAUAAACAAUAUGAGCUAUGCUUGGCGAAGACUACGAGAGCUGUUGGGUGAUGAUGUUGACAGGAAGGUGAACAGAAUGUGUUUCCUCAAGGGAAAAAUGGGUGUGUGCUUUGAUAUUCCUGCAGCAUACCAAAAGGAAACAGAGUCAAAAUGGGAAGAUUCAAAACAGUGGCGUUUGUGCGUGGCGACUGAGUUACCUGAGUUAGUUGAAUCACUGCGAGGAGGAGGUGGAGGAAAUGGCCGAAGCUUCUCAAGCUCCAGGAGUGGGCGGCGUGGUGGCUCUGGUAGAAACAGAUUCCGAAGCAGAGGCCAGAAACGAAGUUUUGACAGAGCCUUUGAUCGCUAA